AUGGCCCUACAUGACUCUGACUGGUAUUCUCCUCGUUUCAUAACGAAUCAUUUUCAUUUAAUUAAUUAUUUAGGGUCAAGUUCAUCAAUUCCGUCAAAUCUGUCACUUUCGUCAAAUCCGCCACUUCCGUCAAAUCCGCCACUUCCGUCAAAUCCGCCACUUCCGUCAUAUCCGCCACUUCCGUCAAAUCCGACAAUGAGAAAUAGGUUUUACAUUACAAUACCUGGCGUUAGCGACGACGAAUUUCAGGGAAGCCGAUUUCUUUUGCAUUACAAUGAAACUGAAAAAUGUCCGUCUACUACUACAGUGAUUGAUUCCCUGAUUGGUUUACCGCAUGUAAAUGAUGAAAAUCACCCAGUACUUCAGUUAAUUAAAAAAGGAGAUCCUGCACACAAUGUGUUACGAGCAUAUAGUUCUAAUGAAAAAUUCGGUUCAACAGAGUUCUACAGUUAUGUUAACAAGCUAUUGCACGAUGACAAGGACGCGAAAGUAAAAAACCUAAUGCCAUUCAUUCGUAGAGCUACGUGGCAAAUUAACAAGCAUGGUCCAAUCGAGUGUACUACAGUCUAUCGUGGCAUGACGCUCGACGAAAAACGUCGUAGUUAUUUUACUCCUGGAAGAAUAUUUCGAUUCCCAGGAUUUACUUCAACAAGCUUAUCGAAACAUAUGGCACGCAAUUACGGAAAUACUCUGUUCGAGAUUCGAAUUCCUCCUCGGUGUCAACAAGUGAAAGAUAUCUCAAACUUUUCGUGUUACAAGAAUGAGCAAGAAUGGUUGUUUUCCCCUUACUCCCGUUUUCAAGUUCGAGCAAACCAGCAGAAUAUAAUUGUUUUAGAUGCGAUGGAAAAUAUGAUAUAA